ACGGUUAGACAGCUGUCAUUAUUUUACGAAGUUGAUUAAAAAAGUUUUCGAAUAUUUUUUGAUUGUUAUUGUAUUAGUAGUUUAAAGUGCUAUAAUUGAAAAUGUCUUACGCCUAUUUAUUUAAGUACAUCAUCAUCGGUGACACAGGGGUUGGAAAAUCUUGCCUUUUACUGCAAUUCACAGACAAAAGAUUUCAGCCAGUACAUGAUCUCACUAUUGGUGUUGAAUUUGGUGCUCGUAUGAUCACAAUUGACAGUAAACAAAUCAAGUUGCAAAUAUGGGACACAGCUGGACAGGAAGCUUUUAGAUCUAUCACUCGUUCUUACUAUAGAGGUGCGGCUGGGGCUUUGUUAGUUUAUGAUAUUACAAGAAGAGAGACUUUCAAUCAUUUAACCACUUGGCUUGAUGAUGCAAGACAGCAUUCUAACUCGAAUAUGGUCAUUAUGCUUAUUGGCAACAAAAGUGACUUGGAAAGUAGACGAGAGGUUAAGAAAGAAGAGGGUGAAGCAUUUGCAAGGGAACAUGGUCUUGUAUUUAUGGAAACUUCUGCCAAAACAGCAGCAAAUGUCGAAGAAGCUUUUAUAAACACAGCUAAAGAAAUUUAUGAAAAAAUUCAAGAGGGAGUCUUUGAUAUUAACAAUGAGGCAAAUGGAAUAAAGAUUGGCCCUCAGCAUUCUCCAACAAAUCCUUCAUUACCUGGGGCUGGUGGUUCAGGAGGUUCACAAGGUUCGGGUUGCUGUUAAAUUAAUUGCCUAUUAUCUUAAAAAAAUGGGCUUUCUCAACUUGUAACUUUAUUAAACCCAGUAUAAAAGAAUGAAAGUGGAUGCACUGACUUUGUUACAUAAGUUAACAUCUAAUAUAUUUUAAAGACUAAACUUUUUUUCCAUUUUAUAUACACAUCCUUUUUAAACAAAAUUAUACUUCACUAUUUUAAAUUUCAGUAGAUUGCACCUAAAUACAAAAAAAUCUGAUACAUAUUAGAAGAUUAAUUUAUGUAAUAAAACCUUAUUGUGAUUUUUUCAAAAUGUAUAUUUAUGAUUAGCUACAAACAAGCAAUUAUUUUUAUUGUUUUUAUUAUAUGAAUAUAUUAUAUUUUAGUUUUGUUUUAAUUACCUUAUAUAAAACUGUCAGUUUUGUCCCCAUGUUUAAGGUGUGUUCUUUCUAGUGUAUUAUGUUACCCUCAAUGUUCGAAUGUAGUAAAAUCUACUUCACAAAAAAAAAUAAAAAAUCUUAAGUUGUAAUUUUUUAUGUAAGCUUAACAUAUAAUCAAAUAUAGAUUAUAUUAUA